AUGAAGGGCAUCUACCCACCGCCAGCAAGAACUCGAGAAAGACAACCAUCGCCCCCAAGACGACCACCAUGUGAACCACGUAUUGAUCCAAGAACAAAUCGACCACCUCCACCACAAACUCUUCAACCUUCCCCUGCAGAACACCCCAAACCUUGUCAUUAUAUCCCAAACCCCUCAUCCUUUCCUUCCUUCCAACCUCCAAUUCCCAAACCCCUUCCGACCCCUAAGGUUAUUCCCUCAACCCCUCAGUUUAUUCCCCCAACCCCUCAGGUUGUACUCCCAGCCUUUGCACCGCCGACAAUGCCGAUUCCUGCUCGUGUUGAAGCAGGAACUCAGACGGAAGAACCUACAAUUGAAGAAAUGGAAAUCCAGACACCGGCUGUAGCUCCCAUUUUGCAUAAGGAAAUGGGAACACAAACAGAGGAGUUCCCAGUUAAGCAAGACAUGGAAAUCCAGACCUGCAAAGCAGAACUCAAAUCAGUCGCCUCUGGAAGUGAAUUCCGCUUCGUAGGAGAACAAGGAAUAAACAAGUUCCUAAUGACCUAUGAUGAAUUUAAUGACUUCAUACAUAGAGCUCUCGCCGACAAACACUACACUUUUAAUGAACGACUGUUAACAGAGAUCUUCCAAGAAGCCCUCAACUUUGAGAUCUCCCUCCCAGAUGAUUUCCUCCAAUCAGAAUUUCGUUUCAGAGCUCCUCAAGAGCAUGUAAUCAUUCUGCAAUAG